AUGGCCGUCGUGGAAGAGUUUGUCAAGAAAAUCGACAAAAAGCUUGGAUUUUUAUCGUAUCUGAACGAAGAAACUGACGAAAUUAUGCAGAGAAAGGAUCAAAAGGAAAUCGAGAGACAGUCUAGAGUAUACGAAACGAAAGUGGACGAAAUUCAGGAGCUGAAAAUUCAAAUACAAGAAUUGAAACUAGAGGAAGGGGAAAUCCCCAGUGAAGUAAAGAAAUGGAGAAUCGGAAUCGAGGAAAGACUGAAGGAGUUUCAGCCCAUAGCUGCAGGUAUGAAAGAAAUUAUUGAAAGUUUUAAACAUGAUGUAAAAAAGAAAGAGCAAGACUUAGAUUUAGAGCUAGAAAGACAAAAAUUUGAGCAAAGAUUACAACUAGAGGCAAAAUUAGUUGAAUUGAAGGGGAGAUCCCUCGUGGGGGAAAAGCCUGUAACCGCAGUGAAGCUUCCAAAGCUAAGUAUCACCAAAUUUAAAGGAACACAUAUAGACUGGUUCCGCUUUUGGAAUCAGUUCGAGACUGAAGUCGAUAAGCAAAACCUAGACCCUGUCACUAAGUUUAAUUACUUGAAAGAAUUCAUAGAGCCAAAAGUACGUAUAAACAUUGAGAAUUUGAUCCACAAUGGUGAGGGCUACGAGAGGGCUAAACAAAUAUUGAAGUCUAAAUAUGGCAGGCCAAGUGAAGUUAUAAAUGCACAUGUACAGUGUAUUAUUGAGUUACCAGUGAUAAGGGGGUCAAACCCACACAAAAUCCAUGAUUUUUUCAACAAGUUGUUGCCAAGUGUACAAGCACUUGAAUCAUUAGGGAGACUGAAAUCAAUUUCAGGUUACACAAGGCUCACAUUGGAUAAGCUAGAAGGGAUACGAGCUGACUUGGUGAGAUUAGAUGACCAAUGGCAAGAAUGGGGAUUCCCGCAGCUAAUUGAAGCCUUGAGUAAAUGGACUGAAAGGAACCCCCUUACACAGUCUGAGGGGAGGGACAGGAUGUUUACCACAAGGAAUUCCAAUUAUCUACCAAGAUCAUGUGUAUACUGCGAGCAUGAAAACCACAAAUCUUCAGAGUGCAAAAAGGUUGUAAAAGUGAGCGAGAGAAGAGAAAUUUUAAGGCAAAAAAGAUUGUGUUUUAAUUGUACAAGCAGUGGACACAAAGCAUCAGUCUGUACAAGCAAAGGAAGUUGCCGAAAUUGUAGGGGAAAGCACCACACUUCAGUUUGCGACAAAGUUGAGAAACAGGGAGAUGUUCUUCUGGUUACUGGGGAACAAGGUGUGGUGCACCCAGUUGUUAUAGUGAAGGUAGAAGGAGUGCUCUGUCGAGCCCUGUUGGAUACAGGGGCUGGCAGCUCUUAUGUAUCAUCACAGUUAUUGAGAAAGUCGCCAAGCAGCCAAUCAAGAGAGAACAACGCCAGAUAG